AUGGAUUUUGCGAGAUCUGUCUUCACAGGAAGAAAUAACGAAGGCUACAGUCGGAAAGCGACAGCAGCUGAUACACUCUCUGAAGAUGAAGAUGAUUAUGCUGCAGUUGAAACUGGUGAAGGAAUCAGUAUAUCUGCUAUUCCUCACUACAACAGCAAUUCUGAUUUUACUCCAACACCUGGUGGUCCAUUCUCUGCAUUAACACCAUCUAUGUGGCCACAGGAUAUUCUAUCUAAACUGAAUAAUCCUCCAGAAGAUGCCAAAGGCCAGUUGGAUUACCGCUAUGAUGAAUUUGGUUUCAAAGUUGAAGAAGAAGAUGGUCCUGAAGAAAAUUCUAGCAAAUUGUUAGGCACUCCUUUUAUUGAAGAUCCGCAACAUCGCUUAAAGUGGACAGCUUAUUUGGAGUUUACACACAAUAAUGAAGUUGGUGACUUGACUUGGGACAAGGUGGAAGCUCGUCUCCCACGCUCAGAAAAAUUCCGUCAAAUGAUCCAGCAGGGGAUACCUCACUCUUUACGCAGUCAGAUUUGGAUGAGAAUUUCAGGUGCUCUUGAAAAGAAACACAAAUCAGAUAUGACAUAUAAAGAAGUUGUUAAAGCCAGUUCUAAUGAUCAUUUAAUGACAUCAAAGCAAAUAGAAAAGGAUCUGUUACGAACAAUGCCAAGCAAUGCAUGCUUUUGUAACAUCAACAGUACAGGUAUUCCUCGUUUACGUAGAAUCCUGCGUGGUCUUGCUUGGUUAUAUCCUGAUGUUGGUUACUGCCAGGGAACAGGAAUGAUUGCUGCUUCCCUUCUUUUAUUUCUGGAAGAAGAGGAUACAUAUUGGAUGAUGUGUGCAAUAAUUGAAGAUAUUCUGCCUGCUUCAUAUUACUCCAGUACUCUAAUUGGCAUACAGGCUGACCAAAGAGUCUUGCGGCAAUUACUCAUCACCUUCUUGCCAGAUAUAGAUUUGGUACUCAAGGAACAUGAUAUUGAGCUUUCACUAAUUAGCCUGCAUUGGUUCCUGACAUUAUUUGCAAGUGUUGUACACAUGAAGGUUCUUCUCCGUAUCUGGGAUCUGCUUUUUUAUCAAGGUUCUGUAGUACUCUUCCAGGUCACUAUGGGCAUGUUAAAGAUGAAGGUUAUGUAUAUAUGUUAUGGUAUGGCACGUCAGGCUAAAUGA